AUGGGGCGCCCGGUGCCGCUGCUGCUGCUGCUGCUGCUGCUGCCGCUGCUGCCACCGCCGCCGGGGCUCCCGGGGGCCGGCGCAGCCCCGCGCCGCCGGCACCUCUUCCCCGUGAAGGAGGUGCCGCUGGACAUGGCCCCCGACGCCUUCGACGACGAGUACCGGGGCUGCGCCGGCGCCAUGGAGGCCGAGCUGGCGGAGCUGAACCGCUCCGAGAUGGCCGUCAACCCCGUGUACGCGGCGGCGUGGGCCAGCGCCGCGGGGCGGUGGGGCGAGCGGCGGCACGCGGCGCCCCGGCCGCGGGGCCUCACGCCGGAGCAGGAGACGGCCAUCCUGGCGUACACCAUGCAGAGCCCGCUGCACGGCGCCUUCAACGCGGCCGUGCGGGAGGCCGGCCGCUCCGGCCGCCACUACCUCGACCGCUUCCACUUCAAGACCCUGCACUUCCUCCUGAGCAGGGGGGUGCAGGCGCUGCGCGGCGCCCAGCCCCGGCGCUGCCGCAGGGUCUACCGCGGCGUCAGCGGCGUCCGCUUCGCCGCCACGCCGCGCCGCGCCGUCCGCUUCGGCCACUUCGCCUCCUCGUCGCUGAAGAACGCCAGCGCCUGGCGCUUCGGCCACGACACCUUCUUCUCCGUGGAGACCUGCUACGGCGUCGCCAUCAGGAACUUCUCCUUCUUCCCCGACGAGGACGAGGUCCUCAUCCCGCCCUCCGAGAGAUUCGAGGUCGCCAGCGUGGCCCGCGCCGGCAGCCAGGUGCUCAUCGAGCUCCGCUCCAAGGGCUUGCACAGCUCCUACAACUGCGAGUUCGUGCAAGAGAAAAGAUGCAAGACGCGGCCGUGCGUGUUCAGCGCAGGCAGGAGCAGCCCGGGGGCCCCCCCCAGCCUCUGGGGGCUGCUCCUGGCAGCCGGUGCCCUGAUGGCAGCAGGAGGCCCCUGAUGCUUCCCGCAAACCCCUGUGUGCUACUCCGGGAAGCUCUCGGAAAUGCCAAAAACGUGUCCAGAGAAACCUGGCGGGGCCUGGCCUCGUGCCGGCACCUCCGACCCUGUGGCUCCAGCAGCGGCGCUUGGAGGCAAGGCCGGCUCUGGCCCCCAGCCCCUUGGAGAAGCUCGGGGGGGGGGGCCCGGGGCCCGGCGGGAGGCUGUGCCCGCUGCUUUCGCUGCAUGCAUUUCCCUGGCAAAUACAGUAGGGUAAUAAAAAUAUUGC